GGGCAUUUUUCCCUAAAGUUUAGGGCGAUUAUUGGCUUUCUGAGCCCCGAAUUAGAAACUAUAAGCCUUUUUAGUCGUGAUAGUUAUUUGAGGGGUUUUUGAAGGUCUUCAUGUUGAGAAAUGUCGGUUAUUCUUGAGACAACAAUAGGAGAUAUUAUAAUCGAUCUUUUUACGUCCGAAAGACCUCGAGGUUAGUUGAAAUUUAUUCUGCAAGGCGGCAUGAAUGUGUAAAAAGUGCUGUUUCUUGAUUGUCACUUAAAUACUCUACUGGAAAUGACCGUUUUACGUUCCGCAGAUUGAAGUUGUUCGUAAUGCAAAAAGGAUUUUGUUUGAUUAGCAAGGUUUAUUUAAUCGAAGAUUCUCUAAAUUGAUUACAAAGUUUGUAGGAAGUCAUAGCACCAUUGAGCUAGCGUUGGUUCUUAAGCGUAUCUUAAAGACACUCAUACCUAAAACUCGAUUAUGACACGGGCAUUGUUACCUUCUUUCUUCAGCAUGUUUCAACUUUUUGAAGUUGUGCAAGAUAAAGUAUUACAACUACUGCUUGUUUCAUUCUAUCCAGGUAAGGGGAUAAUUCAUCUCUAACACGCACGAUAGACAAAGAAAAAGUCAAACUGUCUGUGUAUGUUUGAGUGGCUCAUUUAACUUUUUUUUUCUUACAUGUAGCAAAACUUUCUUGCUCAGACUGGAGACCCUACAGGUCGUGGCAAUGGAGGGGAAUCUGUGUUCAGGUACAUGCAAACUUUUUAAAUUUGCAAGAAUGAGGGACAUAGGUUUUUUUUGCAUAAAACUCUUAGGUUUAUAGUGUAUAUUUGAAGGCCAUGGAAAAUUUUCAUCUUCUAAUUUUACAAGGAAAUGUUCUGCUGUUUGAGAACAUAGAGGGGGGGGGGUGCAGCUUGUGUCAAUGGUUGCAUGAUGCUGAUGCCCAUUACUGACAUUGAAGUCGAUGAAACAAACAAUAAUGUAUUGCCCUUCACUGUGAAUGUUCCAGUUCUGUAAAUUAAAAAAAAUCAUGAUGAUAUCACAUUUGAAGACAAUCUCAAGAAUAUUGAGUCAAAUCCAAUUGUCUCUAUUAGGUCAAUGAAUGUGGGAAACCAUAUGGCAACUGCUGUUUCAAAAUAGGGUAAAUAAACUCUCACAAUAAUUGUGAGAGUUUAUUUACCCUGCUACUUUUUUUCCUAAUUGCUUAUCUCAUGUUCUCUAGGUCCUUGUAUGGAGAUCAAGCCAAAUUCUUUAAAGCAGAAACUAAACCUCGCCUCAAACAUAAAUCAAGAGGGACUGUCUCUAUGGCAAACAAUGGAGACAACUUACAUGGUUCUCAAGUAAGUUGAAGUGCUCUAGGGGCAUCUGAUCGGCCAUCAUGAGUGGUGUUAGAUAGGGGAGUUUCACAGUUGAAUGUGAAAAGUGACACACAAUGGACAAUAAAGUCAUAAAGGCCAAGUGAACCGUUCCUGCUGUCACAUAUUUUCACAUGCUGUUGCAUGCAGCAACAAGGAGUAUAUUUGCACCACUUUGAAGGGAUAUUUGACAGUCUAUUUAUUAUAGGUGAUCAUCUGAAAUUUGGUCAGGUUAUCUUCAGUUUAUAGUUUGCUGGUAAUGAGAAUUAAUUUUCUUUCCUACUAAUAUAAUUUUAAUUGCGCACCCAGGACCUGAAAAAGUGUCCUCUGGGACAAGAUGUCUUAAAAGAGAGAUGCCACUAUAUCAUCCAACUUGCAUGCUCAGAUCUGAACUUAUUCAUUUUCCAACAGUUUUUCAUCACCCUUGGAGAUGAUUUGGACUAUCUAGAUGGUGUUCAUACUGUAUUUGCUGAAGUUGUUGAAGGAUUUGAAGUCUUGGACAAACUGAAUGAAGCAAUUUGUGAUGAUGAUCACAGGCCAUACCAAGACAUCAGGCAUGUAUUCAAUCAUGUCAGUUUUAUAUUGGUUUUAUUUUUUUUCUCCAUCAAAAAAUAUCAUCUGUACUACUCAUAGUCCAAAGAAGUCAUGCACAGUUGCAAUCAGAGAGAUCUUUUCUAAUUUUAAGUACCAGUAAUGCUUUUAUCAUGAUGAUUGUUAAAUUUUGACAAUAAUUUAUAUAAAGUGAUGCACAAAUUGGCAAAUACAUUCCUUUCAAAUAAGAAUUCAAAAUGAACUUGAUAAAUGAAUGAACAAUGAAUUUGAUCAGGGUCUUUUUAAUUAAGGAAUUUUUAUGGGAUCUUCUGCAUCUUUUUCCUCUCAGGGACUGCUUUCAACUCACUCAGUUGCUGUUUUAAAUAUUUUCUUUAUGAUCUCUGUUCUGCACUUUUAUUCUGAAAAAAAAGCCUGUGCGUUGUAUACUUAACAAAAUAAUGCAUUCUCUUUUCGUGUUGGAUAUGACAUCAAAGACAGCCAAAUUGAGGCCCAUCGCUCAGUUGGCUGUAAUCAUCUCAUAUCCAACAAGUGUGAGUGGAAUAAUUGUUUCAUUAAAAAUGCCCAAAAUAUGGAUAAAUCUACUCAACUGUAUUUUGUGAGAACAAAAAGGAUGUUACAAUGUACAAAAACACUAAAUUUCAGUUUAACUUGUCUUCAUGCACCCACAUGGUAUAAUGGCUCAUAACCCAUGUUGGCUAAGCCAAUAAAGACUCUUGAAUUGUAUUAUCCAGUGAUUCAGUUUUUAAUAACACAGAAUAAACCACACAGUUAUCAUUGAUGAUCCAUAUGAUGAUCCAGCUGGCUUAGUUGUACCAGAUCGAUCACCAGAACCAACCAAAGAACAGCUUGACGUAAGUGAAAACUUUGACUUUUCUUUGGCUCAUUUACUUGUUUAUGUAGUCUGUGCAAGCUAAAUAGUAUCUUAUCUUAAAACUAUUAUUAUAUCAUAUUUAAAGAAUCUACAACUACACUUAAUUUAGAUGGUGAAAUUAGAGAAUGACAUUAUUUUGAGUAAGAACAUGAUUUUCAGUAGAACAAAAAUGGUUUGGAACAGAUUGCUUUGCAUUGAUCUCUGUGUAGACUGAAAGUUGUUUAUUUUCAGAGUGGCCGUAUCAGAGCUGAUGAAGAAAUUGAUGACACCAAAGGUAAAACCAUGGAGGAAAUUGAUGAGAUGAUAGAGGAACGAGAGCUUAAAGCUGGGACACAAAUUCUUGAAAUGGUAAUUUUGCCAGUAAAGAGCCUUUUACAUAUUAUGAACUGCUCACAGGGAUCAGUCCUCAGGUGAUGAUUUCAAUAAAAGCCAAUUACUGGUAGUCAACUGUUGCCCAUAGGACCUCUUAUCACAGUCUGUUCUGGCAGCUGGCAGGCUCUUGUGUUUGGGUGUUGCCUUGUGACCCUUUUCUGGUAUAGCCUCCUAACACACCAUCGGCAUGUGGAAAAAGUUAUUAAUAUCCUUGCCUCUGGUCUUUGAACUUUAUUGCUUUGGUUGUGGUUGUUCAUGAUUCAUUAAACCAUCAGUGAAAAUUGCAUGAUCACUGCUUUGGUAAAAAGGACAACCAAAAUUGAUGUAGCUAUCAGGUGUGUUCACAGGAAAAAAUAACUGUGAUCAUGUAUUAAUGCUACAACAAACUAUCACUUAUCAGUCUGAUCUAUUUUCAAAAGGGCAAGUCUCAUUGUGAAUGCUUAAAUAUCAUUUAGUUACUGUUUACCUGAUCUGUUUGUUGUGCACAUCUGAGAGAACUGCAAAGCAUACUCUGUUUAAAUUUAAUUUAGGCUAGAAUUCUUUGUCACAAAUAUUUGUCUUACUUUCAAACUGUAUGCUAUUGGAUUAUUUAUAUUACAAGCUUGUAAUUUAACCCUUUAUCCCAAAGAAUGACUAGCAUCUAAUUUCUCCUUACAAUAUCACCCCUGAAUCAAAAAUUAAGGUCAUGAGAAUAAAGGAAAUGACCACCAACUCUUGAUUGUUAAACAAAUUCUCCUUGUCAGCACCUUAGGAUAUGUAUGGAGGGCAGUUUGGAGAAUAUACAUACUGAUGUUAGGGUGUAAUGGGUUAAGCUAAAUUUUCUUUGAUAUCUACAAACCUCUGGCCUCAGAUUAAGCCUGUUACCUUGUUCUAUAAAAUUAUGGUUAUUGUAGUUUAAAUUUUUUGUCAGGUUGGUGAUCUUCCAGAUGCAGACAUGGCACCCCCAGAAAAUGUCUUGUUUGUUUGCAAAUUGAAUCCUGUCACUCAGGAUCAAGACCUGGAGAUCAUUUUCUCAAGGUUUGGUCCAAUUAAAAGGUAUGGUUUGCUGUGAAUUCCUUGAGUAGACUGCUAUGGUUUAACCCUUUCACUUCUAAGAUCUCAUGAUUGAGUGGUUUUCCAUACUGUCUGCCACAUAAUUCUUAUGAUGUUAGUCUGUAGAACUUGGUAUUGGAUAAUAAUAACCCUUUAAUAAUCCUUUAAUUGAUAUUUUCUUUAUUCUUGUAACUUGUCUGCUAGAUUUUGUAUUGAUCUUAUAAGGAGAAAUUCUGUUUUGGUCAGUAAUAGAAGUUUAAGAGUUAAUCAGACUGUUCUAAAUCAGCUGGAGCUUUGUUUGCCAGGAGUAGUAGUGUUCUUUUGCAAGUGUACUGGUGUCUUUACUUUGUUUUUUUUAUUUCAGUUGUGAAGUCAUACGUGAUCAGAAGACUGGAGAAUCUUUACAGUAUGCAUUCAUUGAGUUUGAGAAUGUAAGUGCUUGUUACCUUCAGAUGAUUCUUCCAUGGUGCUCAAGAAUUUGGCGAGUUACAGUGCAUUGGCUUACUUAAGGUUAUUGUUUAGAAAUUUUGACCCUUAUGUCUGCCAAGACGUGAACAACAAUUCUUCAAUCUUGUUAUAUAACAUCUCCCCAUACUUUGAAAACUUUUGAUAAUUUUUUUUUAUCAGCUGAGGGUAACAUUCCUCAGGUGGAAAAUUUGUCUUGUCUUAAUUCCUGUUUUCUGGAUAAUUUUAUGAAACUGCAAAAAGAUGUCAUUUGCCAAUCACUUCUAGGUAUUACAUUAUGGUAAGCAGUAAUAAUAAUGAACAACCUGAGAAUAUUUUUAUUUAGGUAGAAGACUGCGAACGAGCUUAUUUUAAAAUGGAUAAUGUGCUUAUUGAUGAUCGGCGAAUCCAUGUUGAUUUUUCACAAUCAGUGGCUAAAGUCCAGAUGCAAAAGCAAGGUAAUUUUUUCAUUAAAUCGUCUGCCUUUUUAGUGAAAUGGCAAUACUGGAGUGUGAAAAUGCAACUAUGCAAUCCUGAGUGUAUUUUAUUGUUCAACUCUUUAACUUCCAAGAAUGACCAAAAAUUAAUUUCUCCUCACGUUUAAUCUAUGCGUUUUUAAGCAUAAAGGAAAAAAGAAGAAAGCUAAAGCAAUAUCAACCAAAGGUUAUAUUUGUAUGAUUUGGCAUAAAAUUCUUCAAGCUAAAAUUAUAAGAAAUGUGUGAUAAACAAUAUCAAGCAAGUGAAACAUCAUUUGUCUACAGCUUUGCCUUUCUUUCUUUCCUCUUCAACACAGGUGCUAAACCAGUCUUCUCAGACAAAAGUGAAAAGGACAAACCUAAAUUUGCCAUCAAGGGACAAAAGCAGUCUUCAAAGUAUCCUUAUCAGCUCUGCUUACAAACUAAGUUUAAAUUUAUUUUUAAAUAUACGGUAUUUCCUUGAAAAAGUGCCCAGGGGGAGAGAGAGUGCACUUUCUCCUCCCUCUAAAAGGGGGGAGAGAUAGCACUUAUUGGGAGGAGGGUGCUUAUUAUUCUCCUGCUCUGAUUCUGCUGUAGUUGAAGCCUAAAAAGUUAUGUGAAAAAAGUGGCAACAGAAACAGAUUUUGCUUUUAUCCCUACUAUUUAUAAGAGAGUGGGGUAGAAGGAAGGGGGGGGGGUUAUUUUGAGGGGGGGGUGCCUGUUUGAAAUUAUGGCCAAAAGGGUGGGUGCUUUUUCUGGGAAGUUUAUUUUUCCUUGACUCCUUGAUUGAAGCUAUGAUUUGGUAUUUGAUGAUGACCACAGUGAUAGAAAAUCUGGGAGUAAACAGAAGGGACAAAAAGAAAGAAGCAACAGGGAUAAAGAUUUUUCCAAGUCCAGAAUCGAAAAAGAAAGAACAUCAAGGCACAGUGAUAAUGACAACGAAGAUAACAAACAAGAGAGAAAACAUGGUGGAGAGGAAAGGGACAGAAGGCCAGAAAAGAAAGAAAGUUACAGUAGUGGUGAUAGUCCAAGGGACAGAAGGAAGAGAGAUAAACAGGAAAGAAGAAGGAGCCCCAGCAACAGUGAUGAUAACAUGGAGAGAAUUGAAAAGAAAAAGAAACAUGGAGAUGAAUUCUCAAGAAGUCAUAAGGUAAGAGAAGUGUAACAAUUUUUAAGAGAUCAAAAGGAUGCCAUAAUGUUAACAACAAGCUGCUGCAGUCUUGGAACCUCUUUUUUUGUCACUCUCUCUCCUUGUAAUCCCAGCCAGAAUAUGAGGGGGUCAGUACUACCCCACCUUUGACCCCUGCUGCAAGCUUUUACCCACAUUUCAACUCAUUUUAGUAAGUCAAUCAAGAAGGUUGUACAUCAGGACGUGAAAUUAUUAUUUUUUUCUGAUUGCCACUUGGCUCCUAAAUUCUAGAAAGUGGUAGCCAAUUCAAAAAAAGUUGGUCGCCAUUUUCAAAGACAGACAAAACCUUUUUUUAUGCUGUCAGCAUUCUAGAUAGACCCUCCAAAAUUAAGUUAGGGAAAAGAUCUCUAACAUGCUACAAAUUGGACACUAAGAUGGAUGAUGUAUAAUGUUCAAGCUCACCUAAAUCCAAGAUGGCGUUAAGUUAUCAAUUGAGAUGCAUGUGCUGCAUUUGAAAACAAACUUAACAAGGAAGCUUGCCACAGAUUUAUCUUUGCAAAUCUUUUUAAACUAAUUUUCAGGAUUUGGUCACUAAAGUGAAAAAUUUAGUCACAUUGGCACCUGUAUUAGGCAUAAUUUCAUGCCCUGUACAUGUAAUUAGAAUAGCAGAAAUGAUGGUGAGAGGUUAUUUGUAAUCGUCAUAUUGAUGCAAAGUGCAGAUGUCCUUAUUUUAUCAGCAUGCUGAGGAGAAACAUGCGGCACAACUUGAAGAAAAGUCAACAGAUCACAAAAACUGAAGAGAUA